AAGGUCGCAGUCACCAAAACGUCGCGGAAGUUAUUCUGAUGGAGAGACAAACGACAGAGUACAAGAAGGAACUGAUGAGUAUGGCCCUGAUAUGUAUCGAGAUGAAGAUGAUAGAGACAGAUUAGAAAAUUUAAAUGAGUUGGAGCGUGAGAAGAUCUUGUCAGAAAGAGCCGAAAAGAGGCAGCAUAACAAAGACUUGGAAGCUGUCCAUCUUUUGUUCAAUCCAGAUGAUGUCGGCUCAACGAGAA